UCCCACAGUUUCUAUUCAGACAGCUUCGGAAUAUUACAAAACUUUGUGGCCUGUUCAUCUAUUGUCAGACUUAUCAUUGUAAUCGAGAAACUGAAGAGCCAAUGGCUUCACUCUCUCAACUCACUCAAUUUCCAUGCAAAACCCUUUCUUUAUUGCCACCUCAUCAUCAUCUCACUACUGUCAAGCCUUCGAUUCUUCCUCUGAACUCGGCCAAGAUUUCGCAGAGAAUCACUAAGAAGUCGCUGAGCGCAAGGCUGGUGUUCGUUGCUCAGGCAGCGGACGAUGACGAGUGGGGUCCCGAUAAGGAGGACGAAGGUGCCGACGUGGCUGUGGUAGGGGAGGAGAAGCCCAAAGAAGUGACUGAGAUUGAUAAAUUGAAGAAGGCUUUAAUUGAUUCGUUCUAUGGGACCGAUCGUGGGUUGACGGCGACUAGCGAAACGAGGGCCGAGAUUGUUGAGCUUAUUACACAGCUUGAAGCUAAAAAUCCGACUCCCGCACCAACCGAGGCGCUAUCUUUGCUUAACGGCAAAUGGAUUCUUGCGUACACAUCAUUUUCUGGUUUGUUCCCCUUAUUGUCAAGGGGUUCAUUGCCAUUAGCGAGAGUGGAAGAGAUAUCACAGACAAUUGACUCAGAGAGCUUCACCGUCCAGAACUCUAUCCGUUUUUCAGGGCCAUUGGCUACAACUUCCAUUAGUACCAGUGCCAAAUAUGAAGUCCGAAGUCCCAAGCGUGUACAGAUCAAAUUUGAAGAAGGCAUAAUCGGGACUCCUCAGAUAACAGACUCUAUAGUUUUACCAGAUAAUGCUGAAUUUCUGGGACAAAAGAUCGACCUUUCCCCAUUGAAAGGCUUGUUCACUUCUGUCCAAGACACAGCUUCAUCUGUUGCAAGGACCAUUUCUAGCCAACCACCAUUGAAAUUCCCAAUCUCAAACAACAAUGUGCAAUCUUGGUUACUAACAACAUACCUCGAUGAAGAGCUUCGGAUUUCGAAGGGAGAUGCUGGCAGUGUGUUUGUGUUCAUCAAGGAAGGAAGCUCUCUCUUGAUGCCAUGAACCUGCCUAAUAUGCUUGCUUAUAUUAUUAUAAUUUUGUGGUUCCCGUAUAUGUAUGCCAAUCUUCUUCUCUUGGAUUUGUGAAAUAAUAAUGACUCAGAAACAUGAUCGUUUGA